GAAGCACCGCAUUCAGACACGCAAGCAGGAGGGCAUAUGGGUUUACCUUUUUGGCCUGACGUCGCUAAUUAGAUGGGAUGGAACGCGUUUAGUGAAACACAAACAAUGCGACGACGCUAUAACGCUUUCGUCUGUGAGGCCGCACACAGUGCCGCAGUGAAAAGAGAUGAAUUUUGACAAAAUCGUGUGCCAGCGUCGGAGAUUAAACCUCUCGGAAAACACCGCCACUGCUCCUCGAAAGACAACGGUUUCCUCGCGGAGGUUCUACUGGUGUUACGUGAUCGUUAUGUGUUCAUUCAUCCUCUCCGCAGUGAUUCUUUGUGUGUUUCUAACCAGCACGUCUGGCUCUGAGACGCCCAUGGCUGACUGUCCCAAGGACACGUUUUCCUGCCAGAUCGACAAGAUCUGCAUCAACAAGACUCUGCUGUGUGACGGCCGGCCUGACUGUCCCGACGCAUCAGACGAACGUGUCCCGUGUGACACAGAGCUGUAUAAAAUGUUUGAUAGUCGAUUCAAGAAACGAAAAGGCGAAGAUAAAAAUGGAAACUGCUCUCUCGUGAGCACACCGAAGAAAUGUCGCUGUCUGAAAGGUACCGAGCUCUAUUGUGAUUUCGGACAAGAAAACGAAAAGCCAGCGGUAGGAUUCUUUAACAACAUCCCUGGUGACGUCACUUCACUGACGGUUGUAAGUCUGAAUAUCACAACUUUGUCGGAAGCCAAUUUUACAAACAUGCCAUUCCUGACUGAACUCGAGAUCAAAUAUUCCGAACUAAGAAUUAUUCAUCCGGGUACUUUUAGAAGAUGCCCACUACUGACGAAGGUUGAUUUUACUGACAAUAAACUGAAACACAUCUCGUCGGACAUCUUUCCUGUGACGAAUAAUAUUCAAGAGUUGAUCUUAAUAAACAACCAACUCAAUACAUUGAAAACGUCAGACUUGCGAAAUUUACGGAAACUAACGAAGUUGUCACUGGAGAACAAUCUAAUUACAACUAUUGAAGAUGGAGCUUUCAAGUGGACACAACUUCAAGAACUGACACUUUACCGCAACAGAAUAACCAACAUACAGAAAAAUGUAUUUACGAAUAUGGAAAACCUAAGACGGUUGCACCUAAAUGAAAAUCGUAUUUCUGUGAUUCAGCCUGGGUCGUUUAAGAAUUUAACAAAUCUUCACAUCUUAAUCUUAGCAAGGAACGAGUUGGUCGCAUUGCAGAGCGGAGUGUUUGAGGGACUUCACAAUCUGAGUCUGUUAGACCUAUCGAGAAGUCACAUACAGGAGAUUAAAGCGGACGUAUUUGAGCCACUUCACAACGUGGAAUCGCUAAUCCUAAAGGAAAACCCCAUCAACCGAUUCCCAUCGGAUUCCUUUACACAGCUGACAAACCUUAAAUACGCGUACUUUGAUAAAUUUUACCUUUGUGCUUACGUCCCACAAGCACAGUGCGAGCCUUACGGCGACGGGAUAUCGAGUCAGAAAAACCUCCUGGAGAACGUCAUCCUUCGCGUCAGCGUCUGGAUAAUGGCCGUCCUCGGGUGCAUCGGCAACCUGGUCGUCCUGCUGGGGAGGUGCAUCCUUAAAGAGGACAACCAAAUACACUCCUUCUUCAUCAAAAACCUGUCCCUGGCCGACAUGCUGAUGGGCAUCUACCUGUUCAUCAUCGGCUCCCGCGACCAGAUGUACCACGGCAACUACCUCGAAUACGACGAGACGUGGCGAAAGAGCUGGGAGUGCGACGUGUCCGGCAUCAUCAGCACCGUCAGCAGCGAGAUGUCCGUGCUGACGCUGACGGUGAUAACCCUCGACCGGUACCUCUGCAUCAUGUACCCUCUGUCGUUCAGGAAGCGCGGCAUCAAGAUGGCCUACUUCAUAAUGGGGGUCAUGUGGCUGAUCGCCAUCAUGCUCGGGGUGAUCCCCAUCCUCGGACUCGACUACUUCGGCUCCUCGUUCUACAAGGACAACGGGAUGUGCAUCCCCUUGCACCUGCACGACCCGCACGCCAAGGGCUGGCAGUAUUCCGCCGUCCUUUUCCUCGGCGUGAACUUCGUCUCGUUCGCCUUCAUCGCCUUCGCCUACACGGCGAUGUUCCUGUCCAUCCAAAGGUCGGAGAUCAACCUGAGGACAACCAGAGAAAGCAAGGAGACCUGUCUCGUGAAGCGCUUCUUCUUUAUCGUCUCCACAGACUUCCUCUGCUGGAUACCCAUCAUCAUCAUCAAGAUCGCUGCCCUGUCUGGGGCCGAAAUAAGCGACGACCUGUAUGCUUGGGUGAUUGUUUUCAUUCUUCCAGUGAACAGUGCGCUCAACCCUCUUCUCUACACAUUGACAACAAAACUUUUUAGACAGAAGCUCUUUUCCAAAUUUGUUUCUGUGGUCUGGGGCCCAAGGUCAAGUAAUGGAAAAGACCUGACAAACACAACUUCCAGUACGCGUGCGCGAUCUACGAUAAGCAGGCAGGCCCUGAAUGACGUUGAGCUAGAACACCUAGGUAACCACUGCGAUAAGGCGGCAGUCAAACUACUGAAGGAGACAUCGCCGAGUCUGGGCAAGAGACCCGAACGUCCCAUAUCGCCGCAUACUACGCCAUACAAUUUCGAACAUCUUUACCCGAACUGGACCCCGUCAAAUACAAAAUCCAAUGUGUAGUGCGUAUGAAUGUUCCUGGAAACAGCCACUGUCCAGUGAUGUAUACAGACUGUCUUACGAUUUGUGGAAAAACUUAUUUUAGCACUCCCACCACGCUAAAAAUAAUAAUAUCCACUUUGCCAUUCACAACCAGACUUUCCAACUUUUUAUCACUAUUGGCAUGAACUCAUCGGAGUGGGAUAACCUCAUCAUAUCAAAUUCAUAUUCGCAAGCUUUGUAAGAUACUAGUAUUGUUAUGUUUUAUGUUGUUGAUUUUUCUUUUUUCUUUUUAAUUUAUUAACUUAUUAUUUAUUUAUUUAUUUAUUUAUUUAUUUAUUUAUUUAUAUUUAUUUAUUUAUUAAUUCAUUGUAUAUACGUGCUACACCAUUUUCUUGUGAUGGUGUGGCAGACUUGUAAAACUGUUCUCUAAUAAAAAGAAAAAGGAAAAACCCCAUCAUCUAUGUGUUUUGAGAUUUCAAACGAAUAAGAUGUGGCGAUUAUACAAACAAAUAUUUUUAUGUAUUUUUUCUCCCAUGAAAUAUAUAUUAUCCGUCCCAGAUGACAAACGCCAGCAAUACAAAUAGAAGCUAAAUACCAUAUUCCACGACACCCCCAGAACAUAGAAUACUAAUAAUAUGUGGUUACUGGGUAUGACACGUAUUGUCUAUUAUAUUUCGUUAACAGCAGAGUGUAUUUUAUGUGGUUACUGGGUAUGAAACGUAUUGUCUAUUAUAUUUCGUUAACAGCAGAGUCUAUUUUAUGUGGUUACUGGGUAUGACACGUAUUGUCUAUUAUAUUUCGUUAACAGCAGAGUGUAUUUUAUGUGGUUACUGGGUAUGACACGUAUUGUCUAUUAUAUUUCGUUAACAGCAGAGUGUAUUUUAUGUGGUUACUGGGUAUGACACGUAUUGUCUAUUAUAUUUCGUUAACAGCAGAGUGUAUUUUAUGUGGUUACUGGGUAUGACACGUAUUGUCUAUUAUAUUUCGUUAACAGCAGUGUAUUUUAUGUGGUUACUGGGUAUGACACGUAUUGUCUAUUAUAUUUCGUUAACAGCAGAGUGUAUUUUAUUUGUUUUAAA